AUGUUUAAACGCGACUUCAGGCUGCCGUCCUCGUAUAAAGACGCCGUCUUUAUUUCAAGUCGCUCCGCAACACACACACAGGAAAAGAGUGGGAAGUUGGAAAUCAGCAACUGCGGCAACAACAACAAAAUUUCAAAUGAUAAAAUUACCCUCGAACAGUUUGUCUCCAGAAUGGCCCCUCUUAUUGACAUGGAAAAAGAAGCAGAGAUAUCACUCUCAAUGAAUUCGGGGGCGACUAGGAGUUUGGACAGUGCACAAAAAAAGGGGUCCACUAUUCUUAAUUUGAAGUGUGUGGAUGCUCAGACAGGAUUAAUGGGCAAAAGUCUUCUUGAGUUUCAGUCUAAUAAAGGGGAUGUCCUCCCUCCUCACAAGUUUGGAAAUCAUGAUGUUGUGGUUUUGAAACCAAACAAAUCUGAUUUGGGCUCUCCUCCUCUCGGGCAGGGUGUUGUUUACAGAAUAAAGGACUCGUCUAUUACUGUUGCUUUUGAUGAUAUACCAGAAGAGGGUUUGAAUAGUCCUUUACGCCUUGAAAAAGUGGCAAAUGAGGUAACAUAUCGUCGGAUGAAGGAAACAUUGAUUCAGCUAAGUAAAAGCGUGCAGAAGGGUCCUGCUGCCGAUCUGGUUCCUGUGUUAUUUGGGGAGAGGCCACCGACAGUGUCCAAGAAGGAUAUCAAGUUCACUCCCGUAAACUCGAACCUUGAUAAUUCACAGAAAGAUGCUAUAUCCAAGGCUCUGUCGUCCAAGGACCUCUUUUUGCUCCAUGGGCCGCCAGGAACUGGGAAGACUACAACAGUGGUUGAAAUUAUCUUACAAGAAGUCAAGCGGGGAACAAAAAUUCUUGCUUGCGCUGCUUCCAAUAUUGCAGUUGAUAACAUUGUGGAGAGACUUGUACCUCAUAGAGUCAAGUUGGUAAGAGUGGGGCAUCCUGCGCGCUUACUUCCUCAAGUAUUGGAGAGUGCUUUGGAUGCACAGGUUCUACGUGGAGAUAAUAGUGCGCUUGCAAAUGACAUUCGCAAGGAGAUGAAGGCUUUGAAUGGCAAGCUUUUAAAAGCCAAAGAUAAAAAUACUAAGAGAGAUAUUAGAAGGGAGCUGAAGACUCUAUCCAAAGAAGAGCGGAAAAGGCAGCAGCUGGCAGUGACCGAUGUGAUUAAGAAUGCAGAUGUGGUAUUAACAACCUUGACCGGUGCGCUUUCCAAGAAGUUGGAUGGAUUUUCAUUCGAUUUGGUUAUUAUUGAUGAAGCUGCCCAGGCAUUAGAAAUAGCAUGCUGGAUUGCUCUGCUGAAGGGUCCAAGAUGUAUAUUGGCAGGUGACCAUCUCCAGCUUCCCCCAACUAUUCAAAGUGUUGAAGCUGAGAAGAAAGGAUUAGGAAGAACCCUCUUUGAACGCCUCACAGAUUUAUAUGGAGAUGAUGUCACAUCUAUGCUCACAGUUCAGUACCGCAUGCAUGAACUUAUAAUGAACUGGUCAUCCGAAGAGCUCUAUGAUGGCAAGAUUAAAGCCCAUUCAAGUGUUGCUGCCCAUACUUUAUACGAGCUUGAAGAUGUCAAGAAGUCAUCUUCAGCGGAACCAACCCUUCUUCUCGUAGACAUAGCUGGUUGUGACAUGGAAGAGAAGAAGGAUGAAGAAGACAGUACCCUCAAUGAGGGGGAAGCUGCUGUCGCUAUAGCACAUGCCAGGAGACUAGUGGAAAGUGGAGUUCAAGCUGCCAACAUAGGAAUUAUUACACCUUACGCAGCACAGGUGGUGCAACUCAAGAUGUUGAAAAGCAAAGAAGACAAGCUAAAAGAUAUGGAAAUAUCUACAGUUGAUGGUUUCCAAGGUCGCGAGAAGGAAGCAAUUAUCAUUUCAAUGGUCCGGUCAAACUCAAAGAAAGAGGUUGGCUUUUUAAGUGAUCGGAGGAGAAUGAAUGUUGCAGUGACACGAGCUAGGAGACAAUGUUGCAUUAUUUGUGACACUGAGACUGUCAGCGGCGAUAAAUUCUUGAAGCGUUUAAUUGAGUACUUUGAGGAACAUGGUGAAUAUUUGAGCGCUUCAGAGUAUGGUACUGAAUGAAUCAGAAAAAUUCCCUGCAAGAAGAUCAUAUUCUGUGAACUGAAGGAUCUUCUUGAGGAUGCUCAUGCCAUGAGUAGAUACUGUGAUUUGACAGUCCCUAAUAUUUGGUGCAAAUGUAAUAGAUGUUCUAUUACUGAAGAUAACAUUCAUUUGUAACUGUAACAUCUAUAAUCAUUUAUGUACUUCAAAUUAAUUCAGAGGGAUUGCUA